AUCAUUCAAAUAACUUCAGAGUUUGUUUUUAUGCUUGUUUAUUUGGGCUUCAUAUCUCUUAUUGGUUUAUUGAGGGCACAGCUGUAAGAGGAAAGAGUUUCCAGGAGGCGGGAAAGAGAACAGUUGCCAAUAGGCCAGAAAAGUCAAAGCAAGCAGCUGCCUUAUCUACUGUUUCAUAUACACACAGAGAAGCAUUUGAUAUUUAAAAUCUGCAGGUGACGUUUGUCCUGGCAUGGAGUUAAAGUAGAUCACCUGAUAAUAGGAUGCAGAGGACCUUAAAGGGACAGCUUCAGCUGACAGCCCUUUGGAAGAGCCAAAUCACCAUCUCCAAAUCACUCUGCAGUGAGUGCAGGCUUUCUGCUCUUAAAAUAGUAAUGAUGAUGAUAGAGAAAAGCUGCGUACUUUUAAAGCAACUACCUAGAACCAGAGAAAAUAAGAGUGCCCAAACAAGUAAACAGAAGCCUCCUCUCCACUCGGGCUCCCUCUGCGCAUCUAUUGGGAGGAAAAAGUCUGAAUGCCAAGCGGGACUCAUUAGACUGCUAAUGGAAGCUGGAAUGGUUUGGUGUGGCCACGGGGCAGCGCGUCUCCCGCGACCGCUGCGAAUUGCUCGGAUGCCCCUUACAAGAGGAGACACUGAAGGUGUCCUUCUGGCCGCUCCCUUGUUUCCAGGCCUCGACACAGCCUCCUUCGGACGCGGCUUCGGGCCCCUUAAAAGGACCCAUCCUCCGCCUCCCUUUGCUACGAACAGGGGGUUUCGUCCGCAGCCGCUACGGCCGGUCUGUUGAUUCCGAGGCCGCAAUAAGCAUCCGUCGUGCGCGCCCUUCUGGAUCUCGCCUGCCGCCAAGCAGGACAGGAACGAGGCGAUGGCCGCCCGACCGGCGUCUUCCCCCGCUUCCCCGGAGGGAGCCGCUGCCACCGGGGCGAGGCUUGCAGGCGGCGCCAGAGGUGGCUCUCCGAGCGCUGGGCGCCGCGCCUUCCCCCACGCUUCGCCACCCGCGAUGGCCGCGACCAGGUUUUCUACGCCGGGAGACAGCGGCCUGGCCUUGGGGGCGCUCGACUCCCCUUGGCUUCUGCGCAGCCCGAGCCGUCGGAGCCGCCUGCAGGAGAAGGAGGAGCUGCGCCAGCUCAACGACCGCCUGGCCUCGUACAUCCAGCGCGUCCGGGUUCUGGAGGCCUCCAAGGCAGCGCUGCACCGCCGCCUGGCCCAGUACGAGGACAGCGAUGGCCGCGACGCGCGCAUCCUGCGGCGCAGCUACGAGGGCCAGCUCGCCGAGCUGCGCGGGGAGCUGGAGCAGCAAGCGCUGCAGCGGGCCGCCCUCCAGGUGGCGCUCGAGGCGCUGCGCGAGGAGCACCAGCAGCUGCUGGCCAGGGAUGCGAAAAAAGAAACUGAUUUAAGCUUGGCCGUGGCUCGUGCAAAGGAUCUUGAUGCACAGCUCAUCUCCAAACAGGCUGAACUGAUGACAUCACUGAGCAGACAACGCAGCUUGGAGAAUGAACUUCAAGAAUCAACGGAUCGAAACAACUCUUUCAAGGGUAUGGCAGAUGAUUCCAAAAACCAGCUUCACAACGAGAGGUUGAGGAGGGCAGAUCUGGAAACUGGAAUGAAAACUCUGCAAGAUCAAGUGACAUUUCUGAAGAACCUUCAUGAAAAUGAGCUUAAGAGGAAGAAGCAAUUCUAUGAGAGUAGGAUUCAAGAAAUAGAGUCUGGCCGUCAGCAGGAAUUUGAGAUGAAAUUGUUGAGCGCUCUCCAAGAGUUCAGAAAGGAGCAUGAACAACGGAUUCAGGAGUAUAAAGAUCAGAUGGAACGAAACUUCCAGGCCAGAAUCGAAAAUGUUCAUCUUUCUGCUGUGAAAAACGGUGAUCUUGCAAAUUCUGCCCUGGAGGAGCUGAAAGAAACCAAAAUGAGGGUUGAUUCUCUGAUGUCACAGAAUGGGGCAUUGGAAGCCAGGAUAAGAGAACUGGAGGCCAGAAUCAGGGAUCUGCAAGAGACGAUUGCCCAUGAACGCGGCUUGUCAAAGAGACGUGUAGCUGAAAAGCAGAGGGAAAUGGCAAAGAUGCAGCAGCAGAUGCAGGCGCAGCUGGACGAGUACGAACAUCUGCUGGAUGUGAAGUUGGCUCUGGAUCUUGAGAUCAGUGCCUAUCGGGCGAUGCUGGAAGGAGAAGAAGAGCGUUUAAAACUGUCCAGACCCUCCCCGGAAAGUGGUGGAAUACGGGAAACAGUUACUGAGGGCCACCGUCUCUUCUUGCAAGGAAAGAAAAGGAAGCGGUCAUUAGCAAGCAGACAAGCCCACAACACAUGUUUCAAAGUGGUCCAGCGUGCAUCAUCUUCAGGAAGUAUCUCAAUUGAAGAUAUUGACCCAGAUGGGAAAUUCAUUAAAAUUAAGAACAAUUCUCAUGAGGAUCAGUCGCUGAGUGGUUGGACAGUAAGAAGACAACACAAAAAUGAAGCUGACAUAAUGUACCAAUUUCCUGCUCGAUUUAUUCUUCAGGGUGGACAAGUAGUUACAGUUUGGAGUGCAAAAGAAGGUUCAAGCACAGGUUCUGGUGUUGUCUGGAAAUCGCAGAAGUCACCAAGAGUAGGGGAGAGCAUUGGUUUUGCACUCCUCGGCGUUGAUGGUGAAGAAAUUGCAGAAGCCAAAAUCACCUAUGUGGACAGAGGAGAAGGAGAGGGAGAAAUAGAAGACACUGCUGAGGGAGGAGAAAUGAAGCCUCAUAGUCAGAAGAAUGAAAGCCACAGCUGUCCCAUAAUGUAGCUAAGAGGGUGGUGACAGUCUGCAGAAACUUCUUCAAGCAAAUUGUUGGUGCUGUGACCAAGCAAGAAGUCUUUUGGAAGAUGUAAGCUUUUGGCAGGAAA